UAUUUAAUAUAUAGUUUGACACGGAGUGAUAGAUAUUAUAGUAUGAUAAUAUUAAUUUGUCACAAAUUAGGAUAAUAUUUGUAGAUAUUAUGUAUCCUUAUCGUACGAGAUUUACGAUAAUUGUAACACUAUGGUACACACUUUAGAUUGAGGAGUUUUCCCGAAAUCUAUCGUGAUAUCACAGCUUAGGCUUUAGAUCUCAAUUUUUUAUUUUUCCAAUUUUAUUGGUUUUUUUUUGUUUUUAUUGGAACCUUGCCUUCAUCAAGCUUCCGCGCCUUUUUCUUUUUGUUCUCUGUUUUCUCGCUGAUUGCGGUAUACCAUAAUUUCUUUUUAUUUUUUGUUCACUGCUAUAUUGAAUUGUCAUGGCCAAAGACGAUGACCCCACUCCUCCAUCACCUGCGCCACCAUUCACGUCGGGGUUUCACCCCGCUUUGACAGUAAACAAUAUAAAAAAUGCAAUUCCUCUUCUGCUUGAUUAUGAGAAGGUUAAAUAUUAUAAUUGGGUUGAGCUUUUUGAGAACCAUGCUUGUGCCUAAAAUGUGUUAGAUCACAUUGACUCCACCGUUUCCCGUUCUUCAGAUGUCUUGGACUCUUUGUGGGAGCGUCUUGAUGCAAUUGUCAAGCAGUGGAUAUACGGCACCAUCUCCACCGACCUCCUUGAAACGAUUUUGUCUCGAAAAUCAACUGCUUAAGAAAUUUGGGAUCGUAUUAAAGAAAUUUUUCAAGAUAACAAGAACACUAGGGCCGUUUAUCUUAAAAAUCAAUUCAACUUGCUUUAUCUUAGCAAUUUUCCUAGUGUUACUGCAUAUUGUAAACAGCUCAAGAGCAUAUCCGAUCAAUUAGCCAAUAUUGAUCAACCCGUUUCGGAGCAACAGAUGAUAAUCCGUCUAGUGUCUGGUCUCACCAACACCGAUUUCGAUAUGGUGGCGACAAUGAUUCAACAAACCGAUCCCUUGCCCACUUUCAACACUGCCAGGUCUCGACUUCUUCUCGAAGAAUCUCGUCGAGCCAAUGAUCAAGGUCAAUCGCAGCAGUCUCUUUUAUUACCCAUCAAGAUUCAGCCUCCUCUCAAGGUUAUGGUCAAACGCAGCAACCCCCUUCCAAUGGUGGUUAUGCCUCAGGUGGCCGUGGCUCAAGCAGCAGCCGUGGGGGACGUCCAGGUGGCAAGGGAGGUGGAAAAGGACGUGGCAGAGGUCGAGGCAACAACUCGACAAAUCAAGCAAACAUUUCCCAGCAGCAACAACAAGGCUCAUCCCAACAGCCUCUAACAAUCUUAGUGGGCCAACCCACCUGUGUGGCCCAAUCAGCCCCCUCAGCAGUGGGCUCCUCAACAGUGGCGUGGAUAUUGGGCCAUACCCCCCUGCCCAUACCCUACGCCCAGGACCAAUUGGGCAGCCCAGGUCGGUUGCAUCUCCAAACCAGACCACUCGUAGCCCACCUCAGCAGGCCUACGUGGCUAGGCCGCCUCAAUACGGGCUACUAUAUAGUCCUACUGAAUUGGGCUCUGCUUAUUCGUCCAUGACUCUUGCAAACACGGACAACGAAUGGUAUAUGUACUCAGGUGCCACCUCGCACAUGGCUCAUAACUCAGGACCUUCGGACGGGGAGGAUAAUCAUGAGAUGUAAGAGUUCGGGAGACAUUUACCCAGUCACCACCAACACUCCACCAUCCUCAUGUCUUGCAUCAACACUCAUGGUUACUUCUCCAACUACUUGGCAUAGUCGUUUGGGACACCCCGCUGCUAGUUCUUUAAAUUUUCUUAGGAGAAAAAAUUACAUUGAUAUUAAUAAGGAGCAUGACUCCAAUUUCACAAAAGGCUUGCCACGAGACUUAUAUUUGGAUUUUAGAUCCAGUCUUAGCGUACGACCUCCUCCCGCUAUGACUG